UUUUAUCAGUGACACAAAGUACGCAUGUCCCUGGCUCCUUUCCAGGACUGAUUUUAUUUUCACCCUUUGCACCUUGAAAGUUUCUGUUUUCCCAGCCCACUUCUGUCACAGACAUGCUUUCUUUGUCAUUACGGCAAACAUUACGGACCCUCUUCCCCAGGGUUUCGGGAUGUUUGGUCCGAGAUCGCCACAUCACUGUGGAGUCAUGCAGGCGAGGCCUCAGCAGCACCAGCGGGUGGACGGGACAGGAGAGCCUGGCCGAGGAUGACCCAGAGAUGUGGAGCCUCCUGCAGCGGGAGAAGGACAGGCAGUGUCGGGGACUGGAGCUCAUUGCAUCAGAGAACUUCUGCAGCCGUGCAGCGCUUGAGGCCCAGGGCUCAUGUCUGAACAACAAAUACUCUGAGGGGUACCCAGGACAAAGGUACUAUGGAGGCGCAGAGAUCGUAGACCAGAUUGAGCUGCUGUGUCAGAAACGAGCACUCACUGCCUUUGGUCUGGACCAAAAUUUGUGGGGUGUCAAUGUGCAACCGUACUCUGGCUCCCCCGCUAAUUUUGCAGCCUACACAUCCGUACUGCAGCCCCAUGACCGCAUCAUGGGCCUGGAUCUGCCAGACGGAGGACACCUUACCCAUGGCUACAUGACAGAUGCCAAGAGAAUCUCAGCCACCUCCAUCUACUUUGAAUCAAUGCCUUAUAAGCUGGAUCCCAAAACAGGUCUGAUAGAUUAUGACCAGCUGGAGAAGACGGCCCGACUCUUCAGACCCAGACUCAUAAUUGCAGGAACCAGUGCCUACGCUCGCCUCAUUGACUACACUCGCAUGAAGAGGCUGUGUGUGGAGCUGAAUGCCUACCUGCUGGCAGAUAUGGCUCAUAUCAGUGGUCUGGUGGCAGCUGGGGCUGUUCCCUCCCCUUUCCAACAUGCUGACCUGGUCACCUCCACUACCCAUAAGUCCCUGCGUGGAUCAAGGGCCGGUCUGAUCUUCUAUCGGAAAGGUGUGCGGUCUGUGGAUAAGAAAGGUCGAGAGGUAACCUAUGACCUGCAGGACAGGGUGAACUUUGCUGUAUUCCCUUCACUUCAGGGAGGACCUCACAACCAUGCCAUUGCUGGGGUGGCCGUCGCCCUCAAACAGGCCUCCACUCCCAUGUUCAAACAGUACAUCGCUCAAGUGCUGCUGAAUGCCAAGGCCAUGGCUAAUGCUCUGCUGAGGAAGAGCUACACCCUGGUGUCAGGUGGAACAGACAACCAUCUGGUCUUGGUUGACCUUCGACCUUGUGGGAUGGACGGGGCUCGGGCUGAGAGGGUCCUGGAGCUGGUGUCCAUCACCGCCAAUAAGAACACCUGCCCGGGAGACAAGAGCGCCCUCACUCCAGGAGGACUUAGGCUCGGAACCCCGGCUCUGACCUCCCGACAGUUCAGGGAGGCAGACUUUGAGAAGGUUGUGGAAUUUAUUGAUGAAGGAAUUCAGAUCGCGCUGGAUGUGAAGAAGAAGACUGGAAACCUGGCCAGCUUCAAGUCCUUCCUGCUGGAGGACCCUGAGACAGUGUCCCGCAUCGCAGAGCUCCGCCAGCGGGUGGAGCUAUUCUCCAGGCCCUUCCCCAUGCCGGGAUUCACUGACCACUGAGGACAUCACAGACAGAAAGGCAGUUUCCCCAUCACAUCAUGAGCAUACUGGAUCCUUUGACUUCCUCUAAUGUAACGUGGCCGCUUCUGCACACAGUCACAUUUCCAUACCAACUAAUGACACUCUACCACAUAACAUGAAAAAUGUGAUGUAAAAGUCUUAUGAUACAAACUGCCAGAUAAUGUAUCAAGUCUGGUCAUAACAACAUUAACACUCAGCUUUGCUCAAAAGAGAAAGGUGUUGAGUGAAAUGAUAAAAUAGUCAAAUAAUUUCACUAUCACAUUUUAGUAUUUUUAAUGGCUGUAACAAUCAUUCUAAUAGUUUCUAAUAAUGUUAGAAAUGACAACAAGUUGUAUUAUAUGUUUUCAUUUUAUUAUGUUUAUAACACAUUAUGAUGUAGCACAGUCUAUUAAUGUAUUUACCAACUAUAACUCAUCCUGUGUAGCACCUGUGGAUGGAAGUUGGCACAGAAGCCAAUGAAAACACUUUAACAUGUCCUUAUGUCUACUCACAGCGACAUUAUAAUGUGUUGUAAAUCAUUUAUUAAAGUGUUACCUGGAUGUGUUAUGCUCCUUACUAUAAUAAUGAGAUGAUGUUGACUUUGCAGCAUGUUAUCACAUCAUCAGGUUAAACUGUAUUAGCAUCUCAUUCAGCAGAACAGUUUGUUACACUUUGACAACUUAUUAUGGCGCUGGGCAAAGUUCUCAUGGGCCAUUUUGGGAAAUUAUGUUUGAACCCACUAGAUAUGGAACAUUAUCUGUGUUGUGCAGGCAAGACAUGAUAAUGGUGAUAAUUUACAUUAAGUUGGACCAAAUGUCUAAAGAAUCACACAAAAAUCUGGCAGCUGGUGCAUCAACAAGAUUUCACUUCACAGACAGGGCAGCUAAAGAAGGACCGUGAGUGUCUUUAGGUAUUUGGCUUUUUGUCACUAAGCUGUUUUUAGAGCCCUUGUCAGUGUCAGGCUUUGUUCCAGGCCCUGGGAAACUCACAGCAGCUGUGUUGGGAAUUGAACACACGCUCUGUUUAUAGCCACAAAACCACAAAUGAGCAACAGUUAAACAACAUAAACAUUUUCGAACUAUGUUUGUUACUGGUGUCACCAGUUGUAAAGUAGAUCUUCUUAAUUACAAUAAAAACUCAUCUUGAAUGUUUA